GUCAUGUAGAGGCACUAGUUGGCAUUCAAUGGCUCUCCUUUGGAGUUUUAUUUUUAACUUUGACAGUCACUCCCUUAUCUGGCCAUUCAUUUGCACGUCUGUGCUUUUGUGAACCAGUCUGCCAGGGCGAUGCCUGCUGCUCUCAGGGCCUUAACUGUCUUGUAUGUGCUUGCAGUUCUUGCUGGAAAUCAGGUGGAAGGGCGGCACCAUCAGCCUGAUUGUCCUUCUUUCUCGUGCGGUCUUCUUGGAAACAUAUCGUCUCCAUUUCGUCGGGCAAGUGAUCCACCUGGGUGCGGCUAUCGAUCUUACGAGCUGGUUUGCAGUGAUACCAAGGCUACGAUAUGCAUCGGCGGUGCAACUUACUAUGUGUCUGGUAUCAACUACAGUAAUUUUUCCUUCUGGGUUGUUGAUGCCGACUUGGAUUUACACAACAGCUGCCCUCUACCUCGGUGGAAUCCUCCAUACCCACACGACAACAUGGAAGUCGAAUUGGACCCCCUUGUAGAUACUCGGGCUUGCUUUGUAAAAUGCUCUCAGGAAGUAAAGGGCACUGGUACGUACAUGCCUGUUGCUUGCCUAAGCACCAACAAUUCUUUUGUUUACGUGCUAACUGGCCUCAGAUCUACAUACAUGGAGUACCUUCAACCUUCUUGUGGGUACUUGGCCGUGACUCCUCGACCUUGGGACAGUCCGACGCUAGAAAAUGCAAGUUAUGCAGAUGUUGUGAAAUCCAUGAGGACUGGAUUUGCUGUUUAUUUUCCUUUGAGAUAUACUAGGGAGACCAUCAAGGGAUGCCUAAGAGACAUUGUUCGCCCCUUCUAUGAAGUGCCAGUGUCGAGUGAGGGCAUCAAGCGACUUAUUACAUACAGUCUUCUGGCUGAUGGAUUUUCUUGGAUUAUUGUGUAUUUAAUACAGGUGUUCCCGGUUACAUCAUAAUAAUCAUCUUCUGGAUUCUGAAGUGGCUAGCAGGUAACUCAGAGUUUGUGCUCUUUAUUGCAGUUUGUUCAUCAUCACAUCUAUGCAAUCAUGUACCCACUAAACCCUAUAUAAACUUGUUUAUUCAGUGUUAUGCAGGUUCGUGUUGGCACCAC